AUGACUCUGCGAGGAGCAACUCAGGAUUGGUUCCACACUCUACCGUCCGCUUCAAUAGGCAACUUCAAGAAGUUCGCCAUCAUUUUCACAAAGAAGUACACCUCCUACAAGACGGUCAGAAAGCAUGCAGACCACCUGUUCAACCUGCGCAAAAAGCUAGACGAGUCUCUACGAGACUACCUAAGACGGUUUAAGGCUGAGAAGGCCAACAUCAUAGGAUGCAACGACCAAGUUGCAUCCUCAGCUUUCAAGAAGGGCUUGCCAACCGAGCACGAGCUAUACCGGGAGCUGGCCAUAACUCCAAAUCAAACCUUGGCAGAAGUGUUCGCGACGGCAGACCGCUACGCACUUUGGGACGAUGAUCGUAUCGCCACAAAGAAAGCUAGCAAGCAAGUUGACCACCCGACGAAGCAGGCAAGCCAAAAGAGCAACAAGUUCGAGCAAAAAGCCCGAGAUAAGGGCAGAUCGCGGCCCCAAGAGGGAAGCUUAGAAACAGGGACCUUCACUGAGUUCGCUAUCCCAAUCCACCAGAUCCUAGCUCAGGUGAAAGAUAAGCCGUGGGUGAGGAGACCACCACCCAUGAAGGGAGACCCCUCUAAAAGAGACACCAGCAAAUACUGCGCAUUCCACGGGGAGCACGGUCAUUACACCAACAACUGCAACGCUUGGAAAAGGCACCUUGAGGAGCUGGUCAGAGAGGGCCAUUGCACAGAGUUCGUUGCAAAGAAGGCUAUCCAGCAGAUCGAGGAUCGUGAUGCAGCUGCCAAGGAACCUCCCCAAAAGGUCAUUCGAAUCAACACCAUUCUAGCCGACUCCCAAGAGUCCGGGCUGACCACCAAGGAGCGCAAGAGAAAGAUCGCUCAGGCAACUUAUGUCUCCCAAGUCACAACGGGAGUACCAACCAUUGGGGAUACACCUAUCAUCGGCUUCCAGAAGAAGGACUUGAUCGGGCUUGACCUGCCACAUAAUGACGCCCUAGUCAUCUGCAUCCAAAUUGAACAAGCUGUGAUCGAGCGAGUUCAUGUAGAUGAGGGCAGCGCAACCAACAUCCUGCAACUAUCUGUUAUCCAACAGAUGGGGUUCGAGCCCAAGAUUAGCAAACUUGCCAGAUCGCUCACCGGCUUCAAUGGGGCCACAUCAAUCACUGUUGGAACGAUCGACUUGGAUGUCCACUCACCCCCAGUAGUCUGCUCGCAGACCUUCAUGGUCAUCGACGAGGUUUCCCCCUACAACGGAAUCUUGGGCCGACCGUGGAUCAGCAAGAUCGAGGCCAUCACAUCUGCUCUACAUCAGAAGAUCCGUUAUCCCAUCCUUGGGGGCGGAAUCGGGCAGAUCAACAGUGACCAAGCCAUGGCAAGGAGAUGCACCGCCCAAGGGCUCAAGAAGAGCAAGCAGCUGCAGUUCACACCAGUAAUGCAAGCUGCCAACGAGGCAGGAAGCGCUCUUAGCAGACAAGCAAAACCCGAAAGGGAAAGAAGUUGCUGA